AACAGGCGCUGGUCUUUCAGACAAGACGCAAUAAGCGUUUGCUUGUCCUUCAUGAAACUGCCAAAAUUCUACAUCGUAGCGUAUACGAUGGGACAACUGUGGUUCCUGAGCACGACAUUGCUGACUGUUGUAGUGGACUACGCGGUUGAUCGGGGCAUACCUAAGUGGGAGGCCGUAUCGCUCGUCACUCUCAUCACAGCUCCCGACCUCGUUGCGAGGUUCACCUCCGGCCUCGCUACAGACAAAGGUGUUAUGCGAAAGAGCACCAUGAUGGCUGUGUGUUGUGUCAGUAGCGCGUGUUCCUACGCCAUAAUACCCAGUUUAGCCUCGUAUCCUGCUCUGGCUGCGCUCAUGGUAGUCGCCGGCUGGUGCAACGGGGCCGCUGUCGCACACAUCUUCGUGCUAGCUGCAGAGCUCGUCGACCCAGAUACAUUUAGCGUGUGUCUCGGCAUCAUGAACUUCAUCGCUGCUUUUGCGCUUCUCGAGAGGCCGAUAAUGAUCGGCUACUGCCGAGACAACCUUGGAAGCUACGACGGUGUGUUUUACCUUAUGACGGCUGUAGCACUUAGCUGCGCAGGCUUAUGGUCAGCAGUGCGGUUUCAAGAACAGUGGAAGAAGAGGCAGCUACCCGAGAGAAUAAAAUAAGU